CACACCCAAAUCCAUCACACCUAAAUUCGCAUCCAAUCAUAAAAAUCUCAUUUCAAAAACAAAAUCUUCUAGAGUCUUCCACCAAUGGCACGUACAAAGCAAACAGCCCGCAAAUCCACCGGCGGCAAGGCUCCCCGGAAACAACUAGCAACCAAAGCCGCCAGAAAAUCAGCACCAGCAACCGGCGGUGUAAAGAAGCCACACAGAUUUAGACCAGGAACAGUUGCAUUGAGAGAGAUCCGUAAGUACCAAAAGAGUACCGAGCUUUUGAUCCGUAAGCUUCCUUUCCAGCGUCUUGUUCGUGAGAUCGCUCAAGAUUUCAAAACGGAUCUUAGGUUUCAGAGCAGUGCCGUUUCGGCUCUUCAGGAAGCUGCUGAGGCUUAUUUGGUUGGACUGUUUGAAGAUACGAAUCUUUGUGCUAUCCAUGCUAAGAGAGUUACUAUUAUGCCUAAGGACAUUCAACUUGCAAGAAGAAUCAGAGGCGAAAGGGCCUAGUUAUGUGAUUUAAUUUCAAUUUGUGAAAUUUUAACUGUCUAAACCCUAAUUAGAUUCCAUGUAUGAAUCUUGAACUGUUAUGAAAUGUAUUCUUGUUUAAUGUGAUAUUGUUUCUUA